UAUAUGAGGCGCCGCGGGGCCGGGGGAGCCGCCAUUGUCGCCGCCGCCGCGCUCGCGACAGCGCUCACGCCUUAAAGGGGCCGCGCCACCGACUCGUCCAGCAAGACCGGGUGGGGCCCACCGCUCCGGAAACCGACACCGCGCCCAGCCCGACCCGCGCCGCCACCAUGAGGGAGAUCGUCCACAUCCAGGCGGGCCAGUGCGGCAACCAGAUCGGGGCCAAGUUCUGGGAGGUGAUCAGCGACGAGCAUGGCAUCGACCCCACCGGCACCUACCACGGCGACAGCGACCUCCAGCUCGACCGCAUCAGCGUCUACUACAACGAGGCCACCGGGGGUAAGUAUGUGCCAAGAGCCAUCUUGGUGGACCUGGAGCCGGGCACCAUGGACUCCGUGCGCUCAGGACCCUUCGGGCAGAUCUUCCGGCCGGACAACUUUGUUUUUGGCCAGAGCGGCGCAGGCAACAACUGGGCCAAGGGCCACUACACGGAGGGGGCCGAACUGGUGGACUCGGUCCUGGACGUGGUGAGGAAGGAAGCGGAGAGCUGCGACUGCCUGCAGGGCUUCCAGUUGACCCACUCGCUGGGUGGUGGCACCGGUUCCGGCAUGGGGACCCUCCUCAUCUCCAAGAUCCGUGAGGAAUAUCCCGACCGCAUCAUGAACACCUUCAGCGUUGUCCCGUCCCCCAAGGUGUCCGACACGGUGGUGGAACCCUACAACGCCACCUUGUCUGUCCACCAGCUGGUGGAGAACACGGACGAGACCUACUGCAUCGACAACGAGGCCCUCUACGACAUCUGCUUCCGCACCCUGAAGCUGACCACGCCCACCUACGGUGACCUCAACCACCUCGUCUCGGCCACCAUGAGCGGCGUCACCACCUGCCUGCGUUUCCCCGGUCAACUCAACGCUGAUCUCCGCAAGUUGGCCGUCAACAUGGUGCCCUUCCCACGCCUCCACUUCUUCAUGCCCGGCUUCGCCCCCUUGACGUCACGCGGCAGCCAGCAGUACCGCGCCCUCACCGUCCCCGAGCUCACCCAGCAGGUCUUCGACGCCAAAAACAUGAUGGCCGCCUGCGACCCCCGUCACGGCCGUUACCUCACGGUGGCCGCCGUCUUCCGAGGCCGCAUGUCCAUGAAGGAGGUGGACGAGCAGAUGCUCAACGUGCAGAACAAGAACAGCUCGUACUUCGUGGAGUGGAUCCCCAACAACGUCAAGACGGCCGUGUGCGACAUCCCGCCGCGGGGUCUCAAGAUGGCCGUCACCUUCAUCGGCAACAGCACGGCCAUCCAGGAGCUCUUCAAGAGGAUCUCGGAGCAGUUCACGGCCAUGUUCCGGCGCAAAGCCUUCCUCCACUGGUACACGGGCGAGGGCAUGGACGAGAUGGAGUUCACCGAGGCCGAGAGCAACAUGAACGACCUCGUCUCCGAGUACCAGCAGUACCAGGACGCCACCGCCGAAGAGGAGGAGGACUUCGGUGAGGAGGCCGAAGAGGAGGCUUGAGGGUUGGUCAUCCUAGUCCCUUCGCUGCCAUCUUCCUCAUCCUCGGAGAGCCCUCGUUCCUUCAGCGUUGUCCUCGGAGAGCCCUCGUCCUUCGCCGCCGCCGUCUUCGGAGAGCCCUCGUCCUUCCACAGUUGUGCUUGGAGAGCCCUCGGCCUUCAGCAGCAUCGUCCUUGUCCUUCAUCAUCCUCAGCCUUCAGCAGUGUCCUCGAAGAGCCCUUGGUCUUCAUCGUCCUUGGUCUUCAUCAGCGUCCUCGAAAGAGCCCUUGGUCUUCAUCAUUGUCUUCGACCUUCAUCAGUGUCCUCGGAGAGCCCUUGGUCUUCAUUGCUGUCACCAGAAAGCACUUGGCCAUCGUCAUCGUCAUUGGAGAGCCCGUGUCACCGUCUUCAGAGAGUCCUUGUUCUUCAGUGUGUGGUCCUCGGAGAGCUCUUGGCCUUCGUCAUUGUCACCGGAGAGCUCUUGGCCUUCGUCAUCGUCCCCAACGAGCUGUUGCCCUUCACCGUCGUCACCAGAAAGCCCUCGGCCUUCGUCAUUGUCACUGAAAAGCUCUUGGUCUUCACCGUCGUCACCAGAAAGCUCUUGGCCUUCAUCACGGUUGUCCGCAGAGCCCUCGGCCUUCACCGUUGUCACUGGAGCGCUCUUGGCCUUCGUCAUCGUCAUCCUCGGAGAGCCCGAAGCCUUUGUCAUCAUUCUUGGAGAGUCCUUGGUCUUCACCGCCGUCAUCGUCACCAGAGAGUCCUCGUCCCUCAUCGUGGUCACGAGAGUCCUUCCUCAUCGUCACCAGAGAGUCCCACCCCGUCCUUCAUCAUGGUCACCGAAGAGCCCUUGUCCUUCAUCGUCGUCACCGGAGUCCUCCUCCUGCCUCGUGAAGAGUCCCCACCCUUCGUCAUCGUCACCCGAGCGCCCCCGUCCUUCACAAUCACGUUCGGCACCAGAGUCCCCACCCCGUCGCUGUCGUCACUGUCACCAGAUGGCCCCUGUCACUGCAGAGCCACCGGCCCCUCCGUGUCACCCCCCUCGUCCCCACGCCCCCCCCCCCACCGCCGGGGGUGACAUCACCACUAAAUUAUUGCAGCCCCCGGGCACCAAUUCGCCCCCGUUUCCACCCAAAACCACCAACCACUCCAGCUGCGGGGGGGCUCCCGGGUGGCCCCGGCCCUCGUUGUCCCCAGCUGGGGGCUCUCCUGUCCCCUCCGUGUCCCCUCCGUGUCCCCUCCCGAAUCCAUCCUGGUUUGGUUCAUUUUUUUUUUUCCCUUUUUAAAGCUUUUUUUCGUGUCCCCCCCCCCCCCUCCUUUUUUUUUUUUCUUUUUUUUUUUUUUUUUUCAUAUUGAAAAGCCGCCCCCGGGCGAGGAAUAAACCCGGGAUGUAAAGCCA